UUCGAUGGAGAUCCUAAUGGGUGGCAUACAGAAUCAAUAUGAUGAAUUAAAACACAAUUGAAAGCACUCAAAGUUGUAAAUGUUUUAUUAUUAAUUAGCUAAUGGAUUCCGCGUUCUUGCACUAGCAACCCUCCUUCGGCUUUGCGCCUUUGUAGUUUCGAAAUUUUCUACCACGUAAUCACCGCUCGUAGUGUUCGCCUUGUACUUAAGUAUUUCACUAUUUUGUGGUGUGGUAGCCAGUAUGUUGGCUGUCGAGCAUCAUUUUGUUAAUCCGCUCAAUGUCAGUUGGCUUCACACAAUCGAACUAGUUUGCAUGCUGAUUUGGGUAACAUUAGCUAAAUCACCCACGAGAAUAUCAGCAACGUUGGCUAGCCAAAGCUAACGUUAGCUAGCUAGCUUGAUGCGAAGCAAGCUGCUGUUAUGUUUCAUUCAACGAAGCUGGCUUGUUGUGGUGGCUACUUAGCGAUAUAAUCUGAUUUUGUAGAUUUUUACGUUUUUGUCUUGUACAGAUGACUAGUCUGUUUGUUUUCGUUGAGUAUAGCCGGUUAGCAUACUGACUUGUUUCAGUGCAGUCUAACAUUAGACUAGCUAGCUAAAUUAACUAGCUAGGUGUCUAACAGUUAAUACAUUGACAGUUUAGCAGUAUCUGGCGUAAAGUUUUGUUGAAAAUGCGACGAACCCCCGAUUACGCGAGUCAAUUAUCUAACACGAGUUAACGUAGCCUCGGCGGACUUGGCUAGCUAGCUACACGUUUUCUCGUCUUUAUAUGAGCGAGCGAGCCGUUGAACAGAUUCCUCUUCUAUUUCACACGUCGUUGGUAACAAAAACGCUCAAUACGACAUGCCUUAGCUAGCAACGGUGUUUUUAGUUGUUGCCUCUGGUUGUUGCACAGGAAAGGUCUGUCACCCACUGGAAAUGGUGCAUAAAAUUAGCCAUAGUAUAGCCAUAACCAUCGAAAUAUUCUUCGUAUUCUACCGCAAUAAUAAAACGCAUAGCUUUGUUGUUGUCCGCAAAUAUGUUGCUAUUAAUGUUGGUGGCAUUUUAUAUAUGAUUCUUCUGUGCAUUCGCAUGUAAACUAUCUCAUUACACACGUUUUUUUAAAUGACUGUACGCCUAUAGCCUACUGUAGCUAAUGAACUCGCGCUAUAACCAGUUCAAAAGAAAACACAUUAUUUUGCACUUCAUACAUUUUUGCUGCAUGAUUAUAAUCAUGAUUAUGAUUUUUAUAAUGGGUAUUUUUUAUUUUUUAAGAUUUUGUUUUACCAAAACGUUGCAGCUCUUUUUGCAUUUUGUUCUGCUGCAGUGUUUUGUUGGAAAUUCAUUUCAGCUACCAUGGCAUUUGUUACUGCACUUCUGUAUCUUUGAAAACGUGAUCAUCUUUGCCUUAGAACCUCAUUGUGAUACAUAUGAAACUAUAGCAUACACAAGAACUCAUUUAACAUGUUUAUUUGAAGAGCUGCACGAAUUUCCCGGUGUCCCCAGCCAGUUUCCCUGCACAUGGGCAGGCAUGCUGUUGGCUCAGAUUAACCGCGACUCGCAAAGCAUGGCGGAGUUCCAGGCUGGAGGGGCUGACGCCCAGCACGUCACCCUCUGCCUGGCUGAGGCCGUCGCUGUUGCAGACGGAGACCAGAUGGAAAGUAUGGACACUGUUAGCCUACAGGCUGUGACCCUGGUGGAUGGCUCUACAGCCUAUAUACAGCACAACCCUAGAGUUUCCCUUUCAGAUGGGAAGCUGAUGGAGGGCCAGGUCAUUCAGCUGGAGGAUGGAUCAGCUGCUUAUGUGCAACACGUGUCCAUGCCAAAGGCAGGAGAGGACAGUUUGAGACUGGAAGAUGGUCAGGCUGUGCAGCUGGAGGACGGAACAACUGCCUACAUCCACCACGCCCCCAAAGAGACAUAUGAUCAGAGCUCGCUGCAGGCGGUACAGCUGGAGGACGGGACUACGGCGUAUAUCCAUCACACAGUGCAGAUGCCCCAGACAAACACCAUUCUGGCCAUCCAGGCUGACGGCACAGUCGCAGACCUGCAGGCAGAGGGUGCCAUUGACCCUGAGACCAUUAGCGUGCUGGAGCAGUACACUGCCAAGGUGGAGAGUGCGGAGUGCGUUGCAAGCUCAGGGCUGGUCAGCAGAGGGGAAGUGGAUGGCGGUGUGCAAAUGCAGAUUGUUUUGCAGGGGCACGGGAGUGGGCGUGCAUUAGCCAAGGCCCAGCAGGUGGGAGAGAAGGCUUUCCGCUGUGACUAUGAGGGCUGUGGGAAACUGUACACCACAGCACACCACCUGAAGGUACACGAGCGAUCGCACACUGGAGACCGGCCGUACCUGUGUGACCAUCUGGGCUGUGGGAAGAAGUUUGCCACAGGGUACGGCCUGAAGAGUCAUGUUCGGACACACACGGGGGAGAAACCAUACCGCUGUCAGGAGAUGAACUGUCACAAGUCAUUCAAGACAUCUGGAGACCUGCAGAAGCACAUCAGAACCCACACAGGUGAGCGGCCAUUCAAGUGUCCGUUUGAAGGCUGUGGGCGGUCCUUCACCACGUCCAACAUCCGGAAGGUGCACAUCCGCACGCACACGGGAGAGCGGCCGUACUACUGCUCCGAGCCCAGCUGUGGGCGCGCCUUCGCCAGUGCCACCAACUACAAAAACCACAUGCGGAUCCACACAGGGGAGAAGCCAUAUGUGUGCACAGUGCCAGGCUGCGACAAGCGUUUCACAGAGUACUCCAGCCUGUACAAGCACCACGUGGUCCACACCCCCUGCAAGCCAUACAACUGCAACCACUGUGGCAAGACCUACAAGCAGAUCUCCACGCUGGCCAUGCACAAGCGCACCGCGCACAACGACACCGAGCCCAUCGAGGAGGAGCAGGAGGCCUACUUUGAGCCCCCAGCAGAUGCAAUUGAUGAGCCUGGUGUGACCUAUGUUCCUGGGGUGGAAGAGGAGGAUUCUGGGUCUGAGCAGGUUUCCACAGAAACUGCUGAGGUCAUAGGGCACCAACAUGUGAACCUUAUCUCACAGGAUGGGACCCAACAGGUCAGUAUAUCACAGGCUGACUUACAAGCAAUGGAAAACACCAUAACCAUGGUAACCCAAGACGGCACUACCAUAACCGUCCCAGCUCACGAGGCCAUGCUUUCAGGAGGAACACACGCAGUCACCAUGGUAACAGCAGAUGGCACAGAAGGACAGGUGGCCAUUGUCACCCCAGAUUUAGCUGCAUUCCAGACCUCACAAGUGGAGCUCAGCCAGGAACACCAGCACCACCCUCACCCUGUGACUCUGCUGGCCACCGGCUCCAAUGGCACUCAGAUUGCAGUACAGCUCAGUGAACAGCCGUCUUUGGAAGAAGCCAUUCGAAUUGCCUCGAGAAUACAACAGGGAGAAACUCCAGGGCUGGAUGAUUAGCACAUGCUCAGUCACCGUCAGAGAUUCUUCAGGAAAAACUGUUUGGAAGUGAACAUGCAAAACAAGAACGAUUUAAAAAAAUUAAACAUUAAAAAAACAGGAAAGAAUUGCAGGAAUCUUACCAUUUGUGCAUAAUCCAUAUACUCUGCAGUUAAGUACAUAGCUUAAAAUUAUUUUUCUUAUACAUUUUGUGUACAUAUACAUUUUAAAUGUGAACAGCAGGUCCUGUUGUACAGACACAUUGAGUUCUUCUGUACAAAAAUGUUAAUACAUUUUACAUUGCUGAUGAAAGACUAUGUAAUUGUGAAUGCAUUCAGAAUUAAAGGUUACCACUUUCUCAAAAAAAAA